CCAAACGUACCAUACUGGUGUAUACGUUACGGAGGGACAGAAGGCGUUCUUUCAAACGAACGAGGGGAGCGAAGACAGCAGCAUAUGGUACAGAUCACACCAGAAACCAAACCCAUUCAUCCAAGUCAGAGGGAGAGAGUAAGGGCUAUAAACGAGUGAUUCUAGCUCUGAAAGGUCUCCCAAGAAAGAAUCACCGCGUUAAAGAAAACACCCAGCAUCUGUGAAGUCGCGCGCAUGACCAUGACUCCCUCCUUCGAUUGUAGGAAAAUGACGCUCUCCACCUUCAGAUCACUUAAUGAGUGGGAGUAGCGGCUCGAUUGAAGUUUAUGAUGGAUUCCGAAGAGCAUGAAUUUGGAAAAUUUAAUGAAGCUGGUUAUGAAGUCCAGGAAGAUUUGGAUGAUGAUGUCUCUGAGUAUGAUAGAUGUGGGAUAUGCAUGGAUCUCAUUAUUGAUCGAGGGGUCUUGGACUGCUGUAAACAUUGGUUUUGUUUUGCUUGCAUUGACAAUUGGGCAACCAUAACAAAUCUCUGUCCUCUUUGCAAGAAUGAAUUCCAAUUGAUUACAUGUGUUCCAGUAUAUGAUACCAUCGGGAGCAUCACACACGAGGAGAAUUCUUUGGUAUCCAAAGAUAAUGACUGGUGUAUUCAGGGGAAAAGCAACACGCUUUCUUUUCCCUCGUAUUAUAUUGAUGAAGAUGCAGUUAUCUGCUUGGACGGUGAUGGAUGCAAGAUACGAAGUGGGCUGGCGAGUACUGAGGAAGCAUCAACUCUUGAAACUUCAAUUGCUUGUGAUUCAUGUGAUAUCUGGUACCAUGCUUUUUGUGUUGGAUUUGAUCCAGAAACUACAUCUGAGACCUCAUGGUUGUGCCCAAGGUGUAAAACAGAUGAGGCUACAAAGCAAUCAGGAGUUUCUGGUCAACAUUUGGACACAAAGUUUGAAGAAGAUAAUAUACAUCUCUCCGAGGCUGAUUUCUCUAGGAUGGUUUCAGUAUCCAUUGCUGAUUAUGGGGAGACAGCUGUUGUUGUUUCAAUGGUUGAUGGGAAGCAGUGGACAGGAGUCAAUGAGAACUUGGAAAAGAUUUUAGCGGAUACUACUAGACCAGAUAAGGAAAAUGGACCAUCUUCUGUUGAUUUAAAUGCUGAUAUUUUAGUCAAGCCUGAGUUGAAAUUGCUUGAUGAACUUGAUUCAAGGGAGGCUUUAAAUUCGAGCUUAAUAUGCCCAGAUACAAGAGAGAUGGCCCGUUUGAUUCAGGAGAAUCUGGGUAAUGAUGGAACGGGUCAUAAAGUUUCUUUGGAGAAUACAAUCCAUCCUGAGAUCGACAUUCAAAGGAACACAUUAAGCCCCUCAGGAGAUUUGUCACUAUCUUCAGCAUCUGAUUUAUUGCACAUCAGUGAUUUCAUAUCUAAAACUGUAAAUACAGGACGUCAUAUUCAAGGAAGUCCUGAUAGAUGUGAAAUCUUGUUGCCUCAGUUUGACAAUACAUGUUGCACAAAAAUUGCUGAGUCAUCUCAAUGUGAGUCAAGUAUUGAUCUUCAUCUUGACCUAGCUAUGGGUUCUUCUCAUUUAUCAGGUGACAUGAUGUCAUUCCAUGAAAAUGAGGACAUCUUGGUUGAAGAAAGAAAUCAGAGGAGCAACAAGUUAUGUGGUGCAAAGAGAAGAAAUGUGGAGAAUGCCAGAGAUUCGGUGGAGGUUGAAGCCCAAACUGAUGGUUCUAAGAAGAAAUCUAGAUUGGUCGGAAAAUCUGGGUGUUGCCAGGAUGUGAAGUCUGAGUUAGACGGAUCAAAUGAAUGUCUCAGUCAUACGAAAUCUCUAGGCUAUCACAAAUUAUCGCCGUCUCUCAUGAAAGAGGCCUCCCCCACUGAUAUCAUGAGUAUAGUUCAGAGGUCCGACUUGAGAUCUAUCAAAGGAAAAGCACCCCCUAGCGCUACAGAUGGAUCUACAAAAGAAACUGUUCAUGGCACUGGCCUGAGGGUGAAAAAAAUCAUGAGGAGAGGAACAGAUGACAAAGAGGCAUCCAUACUAGUACAGAAGAUAAGAAAAGAAAUAAGUGUUGAAGUUUUGGACAAAACUCUAAUAAAUUCUGACAAGAAUGAUCAGGUUGAAGCAAGGCUUCUCUCUGCUUUCAGGGCUGCUAUAGUAAGACCCAACUCAGCAGAGGCAAAGACUGUGAACCCGUCUAUUAUUGCAAAACAUAAGAAGAUGCUGCUACAAAAAGGAACGGUACGAGAAAACCUAACCAAAAAGUUAUAUGGAACAGGAAGUGGAAGGAGGCGGCAUGCUUGGGAUAGGGACUGGGAAAUAGAAUUUUGGAAGCACAGGUGCUUCGGAACAAAAUCUGAGAAAGUUGAGACUCUUCAGUCUGUUCUUGAGCUCCUAAGGAAGAGCUGUGACUCGAAGGAUUCAAAGGUUGAAAAAAAACCUGAAGGAGAAACUGCUAAUCCUAUUUUUUCUAGAUUGUAUCUAGCAGAUGCUUCUCUUUUUCCAAGGAAGGAUGAUAUUAAACCUCUAUCUGUGAUGUCAGAUUGUGGUAUGAAAACUUUACCUGCAGAGAAUAAAGAGCACGAUCUAAACACUAGAACAGCCAAAGUUCCCAAGCAAGGUGCUGGUACUUCUAUUCCUAACAGCAAUGCUGGUAACAAAAGCACUACUCAAAGCUGCAAAGUACAAUCUAAUCAUGAUAAACUACCUGUAUCUGAUAUAAAUAAGGGACAAUCUAAUUCAAUUAUCAAAGAUGUGGGUAAAUCUGAUGAUGUUAAGAGCGAUAAAAAGAAGUGGGCCCUUGAGGUUCUUGCCAGAAAGACCGCUAAGAUAAACAAUGGGGAUCCUGGCAAACAAGAUGAUGUCACAGGACUAAAAGGAACCUUCCCUCUACUAGCACAAUUACCUUCUGAUAUGCGUCCAACUUUGGCAGCCACUCGUCACAGUAAAGUCCCAAUAGCAGUAAGACAGAUGCAACUCAACUGUCUCAUUGAGCACUUUCUGAGGAAAGCAGAUCUGCCAAUUAUUCGAAGAACUGCAGAAACAGAGCUUGCUGUGGCAGAUGCAGUCAACAUUGAGAAGGAAAUCUAUGGCAGAUCCAACAGCAAAAUUGUUUAUGUAAAUCUUUGUGCACAGGCAUUGUCUCAGCAUUCUUCAGCAAAUCAGAGAUUUAAAACCGAAAAAACCAUUCCUAAUCCCAAGGAAGAAAUAAAAGAAAUUCCAGAAGGUGAUACAUCCGAUGCCGCAUUAAAUUGUGAUGUGCAACGAGCAUUAAAAGAAGCAGGCCUUGUUGAUGAUGAUGAUGAUUCUGAUGACGACCAAGAAAAGAAUUGUGAAAAUGUACUGGAGUUAGAUUCUCAUGCAGAGAUGGACAUAUAUGGAGAUUUUGAUUAUGAUUUGGAAGAUGAAGAUUUCAUCUUCCCUUCAAGCAUUGUGAGUUCUUCAAGGGAGUCUAAGUUGCGGAAGGAAGACGGUGACUUGAAAAUGAAAGUGGUAUUGUCCACUCCUUGCAGUGAGAAAACAGUGGUGAAAAAUCCAAAUUCUGGAAAUGGAGCCUUGAGAGAUGUUAUGUCUGAUGCAAGUUUAGGGGAUCAUAAGACAUUGGCAACACAUGAGCCCAAAAAUAUUGAGGUUAACAAAAUUAGAGGCUCAAGAAGCUCAGCUACUGGUCUUGAAACAGCAAAAACCUGUCAGCUCAGCGAAACUGAUAUUGAACUUAAAGAACCUUCUUUAGCAGAGUGUGAAGAAUUGUAUGGUAAGGAAGAACCCAUUUUGAACCAGUUUAUCGUCGAUACAUCCAGCAACCGAAGCGAAUUUACUGGAAAGCCUGAUGCUACUAUUGGGAAAGUCUCUAUAGAUGAAAUUACUGAGAAGUAUGGUGCUACUCAUUACCGUUCUUUCACAGAUGAAAAUUCUGAACCAAUUAUUUCAAGAGGGUUGACGACUGAGAAUGUUCCAGUUGAAGAAUCAAGACGCAGCAAUGAUGGGCCUUCGAAUCGUAAUUAUUCAGUUUGGAAAAAGGUGGAAGCAUAUAUUAAAGAGCAUAUCAGACCUUUGUGCAAAAGUGGUGUAAUAACUGUGGAGCAUUAUAGGUGGGCAGCCACUAAAGCAACACAUAAAGUCAUGAGAUACCACUGCAAAGCCAAAAAUGCAGACUUCUUGAUCAAAGAAGGCCAAAAGAUUAAAAAGCUAGCUGAUGAGUAUGUACAGACUGCCAAGCAAAAAAAAGACCUUCGAUAGCCAACCUGGUGAGUUAAAAACCUCUCUAAUGAUUCCUCAGUUGAUGUUUUCUGUAUCUUGUUUGUAUGUCAUCCACUUCGAUAAUGUUACUUCUGAAUCUGUCCGUCAUUCAUGUUGUCGUGGUUCCUGUUUCUUUUGGUCCACAGGUGCAUUUCUUGAGGCUUUUGUGGUUUCGGUAUUUUAAUAUAUGUUGUAAUCAUGAAUAUUAUGCAUCCCUGUAUAUGAUUUGUACAGUGCUGCGAUUUUCUGUAUUUUUGCAAGUUUACAUGUUUUUCAGUGAUAUAAAUUUUUCAAUGAUGGCCUUUCAUUAGUGAAGAUAAUGUACGAGAAUUUUCGUGAUGUUAA